AGGGACUGUUGAAGUGAUCAUGACCUUUUGUACUUUGUCAAAAUUUACUUCUUCGAACCUAGUGAUCCAUUCGUGAUGUCAGUAUUUCGUAGAUGUUCUUAUACGAAUUUAUGGCAUGCUAUGUACAUCUAGACAUUAAGUAACAUAAUACAAAAUUUCUCGGAAUUAACAGUCACUGCAAAUGUAAUAAUUUUGUGAGUGGGACGUAGAUUGAAUCAACAUGUAACUUUAAAUUAGAAAAAUACUCGUUAUUCUCGUUACGAUGCUCAGUGGUAUUGGUUGAUGACUAUAUGCAGAAUACUAAAAUUACUGUUGACAUUGUCUGCCCUCGAUCAUGGAGAUUUCUGGAGCGAAUUUGAUCAUCCUUAUGUCCGUUGCAGCAUCGUACAUGGAUCAGGUUCAGAACCAUUUAAUUCAACCAGAUGUUAAAGAUAAGGCUCCGCUUACAAUAACCAAGAGAAAUAACGGGGAUUCCCUGAAUUCGAUAUUACAAAUACAAAGUCAGAACACCAAGUCUGAUGGCAUCAAACGACACUAUCCUCAUUACGAUGGCCACAUUUUUAAAGAAAGAACAAAGAGACCCAGGGUUCGCCGUGCAACGCGCAGAGGAAAGAAAACGAAAGUACGUAAGGCUCACAUCCACGUAGUUCCUGUAAUGACGAGCCCAUUUGCUCUCUCUGGCACAUUUGAUUUGAAAGGAAAUAUACAAUGUAACUGGACUGCUCAAUCGAGACAUAAUAUGAAACUGUACAUAGAUUCGCCACACAAGGGAUCACGUGGCUUCACCGAGGCAUACAUCGCUGUCAAACACACCGGGAACUAUUUCAUUUACGGUCAGGUAUUCUUCCACGCUCAGAAUAUUGAGAUGGGACACUGUCUGUAUGUGGCUGACACAUAUAAGCGACCCUGUGAUAGCCAAUUAUGUAGGGAGAGGCGUGUAAUGUGCUCAAGAUCUGCACCGGGACAUCCCGAGGAUGCCAAACGUGUGGAGAAUUACAAUACAAACUA